AUGGUAGCCACUUCUGCACUUUUGAUAUUGUUUUUAGCAACGCUGUUACCAAGUGUUUUAUCAGAGUUUGGUGGUUUUAACCAUGAAGAUUUUGGACCACCAAAGCCUUACACUUUCGGAUAUAAAGUCCAUGAUAAAGAUGGGGACCAAUGGAGAUCCGAUGCGAUGGACAGCCAUGGGAAGGUGGAAGGCAGUUACGGUUACGUAGACACUCAUGGGAUGCAGCGGGAAGUCCACUAUGUUGCAGACGACGACGGCUUCAGGGCUCAGAUAAAGACAAACGAACCAGGAAUGAACGUUCCAAACCCUGCUGAUGUGUAUCUGCAAGCUGAACCACCAGCAGAGUACGAUGCAGCCAUUUAUGGAGUUGAAGACUUGGGUCCAGUGUAUAGGUCAAACGAUGUCCAACCACCAGUUCCUCGAACUGCUAUGAAAGCAGUGCGAGGACGAACUGUUCCAAGAACUGACCCAAAGACUUUCUACAAGUAUCACAGAUUCGCAGAGGCAUCUGUCCCUCCGAUAUAUGUCGUAGAUGGACAUCUACAGAGUCCGUGGUUCCCUAUGGAAGUUUCAACUAUUUAA